CGCCCUCAGGUCAAGCUGCUGCAUUCAUCUCCUUUGGAUACCCUUGUUCGACGCACAUCCUCCCGUAGAGUACGAAACCAAGCAGCAUCGCAGGAACCAUCGUCCUCAACAGCCUAUGCCACUCGUUACUCACCUUCUCCAAACCUCCCUUCUCCGCCCAGAGCACCAUUUCAGGCAGAGGCACAAGCGCCCCCGUCUCCCCUUCUGCAUUCUCGAUUUAGAGGCUCAGGAGUCAGCGCAUCCACCAACAACGAUGUCAGCUCGUAUUUGAAUAGAAAGUCCUUCAUGACAUCUUUGGACACGUCGCAGGACAAUGAAGAUCCAUAUUACGAUGAUGCGAGCAUGUAUUCUGAUAUGAACGACAGUUCAUCAAGGGUCGCGCAGCCUUACUUUGAGGCGGAUCCGUAUGAUACAGCUCAAGGAACAAGCAAUUUCACCCAGUACGGUGCAAUUCAGCAGAGCCAAGGAUAG